UUUUCAUUUUUUUUUAAUUUUUAAAAAAAAUCAUUUUUUUCAGUUUCUUCGCACUUUUCCUGUUUAUUUCAAAAAAUCCGUAAAUUGAUUAAAUCUUGAACUUAUAAAUUUGCUAAGUCAUGAAACGCUCUGCAGAAGAGAGCGUAGCUCCUAAGAAAUUGAAAUUGACCGAAUCGAGUAUUAGUCCUUAUUUUGAAACAAAGCGGUUAUCGGACGAUUUUUUCAACGUUCCUUGUUUCGAUCUCGCAAAGAAUUUGUUGGGAACAGUUCUGGUCAGAGAAUUGGAAAAUGGUACUAUUCUGAAAGCUGUAAUAGUAGAAACAGAAAGUUAUCCAGGUAAUGAAGACAAGGCUUCCUAUUCUUUCAACGGUAGACGAACGCCAAGAAAUGAACCCAUGUAUAUGAAACCUGGAACAGCUUUUGUGUACAAGACUUAUGGAAUGUAUCAUUGUUUCAAUAUCUCCAGCGGUGGUGACGGUGCAGCUGUGCUUUUGAGAUCUGCAGAACCCACCGUUGGAAUAGAGCACAUGAAUUACAAUCGACUAACUUAUCAUCAGAAGAGAAGAAACAAAUCGGGAGGCGAAAAUCAGUUGGCUUAUGAUCAGACAAAAGUUCUGAAAUCGCAUGAACUAUGUAACGGUCCGAGUAAAUUAUGCAUCAGUCUUGAUAUAACUGCUGAAAAUUGUAAUAAAGCUGAUCUGUGCACAUCCGAUUGUAUUUGGAUAGAAAAAGGACCGAAAGUUAUAUCUGAAGAAGAUGUAGUUAGUAGCACUCGUAUUGGAAUUGAAUCUGCCGGUGCUGAAUGGGCAAAUAAAUUAUAUCGAUUUUACAUUUCCAAUAAUUCCAGCGUUAGUAUACUAGACAAGAAAAAAAAGUCCAAUACGAAAGUGACGAAACGAUCAAGAGAAAUUAGAUGAUCUGUACGCUUCCAAAUAGAUCUUCAGAUUUUUUUACUCAGAAAAUUACGGAAGCGCUCGAACAACAUCAGCUGAUCCUUUUUUCUAAUUCUAAAUUUUAUCUGAUUGUACAUAUUAUGUAAGAUGUUCUUUGUUUUAUGAUACCGAACUGUUUAAUUUUUCUUGUUGAAAUGGUUUUUUAUAACAAACAAAAUCGAGUUCGUUGAACGAAAAUACUUUGGUUCAAUGGAAAAUUCGUUUUUUAAGAGUUCCUUUCGACGAAGUCGCCAAAAAAUUGUAAGUAAUUUGUAUAAAAAUAACAAUCAAGAAUACUGUAAGGUGUUGUGUGAAAUUCAGUCUUGGGUAACACAACUGUAUGUUCAUAUUUUUUCUAUUUCUCAAAUUAAAGAUGUUCUAAAAAACGGCGAAA